UGGUUCACUUUUUUAUUCUUGGGUUGGGUUUUUGAGCAAGUACAUGAAUCGGCGAUGCUGCUGGAAGCUUUGAAGUCUCCUUUCCUAAACACAACCCUUUUGAAUUUCAAUUUGAAUACUCACUCUUCAAAGUAUCAUCUUCAGCUUAAUUCCACCAUCUCAUGUUCAGUCUCACCAGAUCCAUGGUCCCUCAGCGAUGGAAACAAACCCAAACCCAAACCUAAAUCAAAGAACCCAAAGAAUCCUCUUUCAGACGACAACGCUCGCCGCAUUAUCAAAGCCAAAGCCCGUUAUUUAAGCGUUUUGAGGCGCAACCAGGGUUCACGAGCCCUCACACCCAGGUGGAUCAAGAGGUCCCCAGAGCAGAUGGUUCAAUACUUGGAGGACGAUAGGAACGGCCAUUUGUACGGUAGGCAUGUCGUGGCAGCCAUUCAGCGGGUCCGGAGCCUUUCGGGUUUACCCGAUGGGUCUUAUGACAUGAGGCAGGUCAUGGCUUCUUUUGUUACCAAACUCACUUUUAGAGAGAUGUGUACUGUGUUGAAAGAGCAAAGGAAUUGGAGGCAAGUCAGGGACUUUCUUGCUUGGAUGAAGUUACAGUUAAGUUACCGGCCCAGUGUUAUCGUCUAUACGCUUGUGCUUCGAACUUAUGGACAAACCGGAAAAAUCAAGCUUGCAGAACAGACAUUCUUGGAAAUGCUUGAGGCUGGGUGUGAGCCGGAUGAAGUUGCUUGUGGAACUAUGCUGUGUGCAUAUGCUAAAUGGGGUCGCCAUAAGCCCAUGUUGUCAUUUUUCUCUGCUGUACAAGAAAGGGGCAUCGUGCUCUCUGUUGCAGUUUACAAUUUCAUGCUAUCUUCUUUGCAGAAGAAAACUUUUCACCCAAGUGUCAUAGAGAUUUGGAGACAGAUGGUAGCAAGUGGUAUAAUGCCCAAUCAAUUUACAUAUACAGUUGUAAUCUGUUCAUUAUUGAAAACCGGUCUUACUGAUGAAGCUUUCAAGACUUUUAAGGAGAUGAAGGCUAUGAAAUUUGUACCAGAGGAGGUUACUUAUAGUCUUCUUAUUACCGAAAAUUCUAAAAAGGGUGUCGAAGAAGAAGCUUUAAGGCUCUAUCAAGACAUGAGACAACAAAAAAUAGUUCCUAGUAACUUCACAUGUGCUUCACUUCUAUCCCUGUACUACAAAAGUGGGAAUUAUUCUAAAGCUUUAUCUCUCUUCUCAGAAAUGGAGAGAUAUAAAGUUGUAGCGGAUGAAGUCAUAUAUGGGUUGCUUAUUAGGAUAUAUGGUAAGCUUGGUCUAUAUGAGGAUGCCAUGACAACAUUUGAAGAGAUUGAGAAGUUGGGCCUAUUAAGUGAUGAUAAAACAUAUAUAACUAUGGCACAAGUCCAUCUCAAUGCCAGGAAUUGUGAAAAAGCACUAGAUGUAAUGGAACAGAUGAGAUCUAGAAAGGUGGAGUUUUCAAGGUUUGCCUAUAAUGUUUUGUUACAAUGCUAUGUUAUGAAGGGGGACACAGAAGCUGCUGAACUUACCUUACACGCUCUUUCAGAGACUGGCUUCCCUGACUGUUCUUCUUGCACCAGCAUGCUAACUUUGUAUAUAAAACUAGGACUUACCGACAAGGCGAAAGAUUUCAUUACCCAGAUACGAAAAAAUCAAGUAAAAUUUGAUAAGGUGCUUCUUAAGAUGGUUAUCAAGGUAUAUUGCAAGGAAAACAUGUCAAGUGAUGUUGAGCAAAUGAUACACGAGCUUAGCAAAAACUGUUUGUUCGAAGAUGACAGGUUCAUUCAAACAGUUUCAAUGGCUAUACAUGGAGACUUUAUGAGACUUAAAGCUGAUUCAGAUCCCUUGGACCAAACUGGUGCAAUGGCAUAUGAGCUACUGCUGACUCUGUAUAUGGUAGCAGGAACUGCAAGUAAGAUGGAAGAAACACUCAAGUUGUUGCUGAAGACUGCUAAUGGCUUGUUAGUAGCCAGUCAACUGGUUAACAAUUUCAUCAAAGAAGGUUUGACAUUUGCAGCAGAAUCUCUAUUUGACCUAUUACUGAAGCUAGAUUGCAAGCCGGAGAUUUCUACUUGCUCGUCUAUGAUAUAUUUAUAUGGAAAGCAAAAUCAGCUGGAACGAGCCAAACAAGUCUUUGCAGCAGUGGUGGAUGCUCCUGCAGCACGAAAAUAUUUGUACAAUUCUAUGAUUGAUGUAUUUGCCAAAUGUGCAAAAGUGGACGAGGCAUACUUGUUUUACAAAGAGGAAAAUAAGAAAGGCCAUGAUAUUGGUGAUGUUGCAAUCAGCAUGCUUGUGAAAACAUUGGCUAGUUGUGGAAAGCAUCGUGAGGCAGGGAAUAUCAUCAAUGAUUGUUUCUGUAAGAACAUGGAGCUUGAUGCAGUGGCAUACAAUACCUUCAUAAAGGCAAUGCUAGAUGCUGGUAGAUUGAAUUUUGCUGCCAGUAUCUAUGAGAGAAUGCUUAAAAAUGAUGUUGCUCCAUCAAUUCAAACAUUCAACACCAUGAUUACUGUGCAUGGGCGUAGUCGAGAUCUAGAUAAAGCUAUAGAGAUGUUCAACACUGCUCGAGUAAAGAGUGUGGCUCUGGAUGAGAAAGCAUACACGAAUUUGAUAUGUUACUAUGGGAAGGCUGGUAGAAGUGGCGAAGCAUCCAUCUUGUUUAACCAAAUGCAGGAAGAGGGAAUAAAACCUGGGCAGGUGAGCUACAAUAUUAUGAUGAAUGUGUAUGCUAGUGGGGGAUCCUACAAAGAAGCUGCACAGCUUUUUUGUUCCAUGAAAAAAGAUGGUUGCUCACCUGACUCGUUUACCUAUCUAGCCCUUGUUCGAACUUAUGCAGCUAGUCACAAGUACAUGGAAGCGGAGGAAGCCAUUAGGUUGAUGGAGAAACAAGGGAUAUCCCCGUCGUGUACUCAUUAUAACCUAUUACUCUCUGCAUUCGCAAAAGCAGGUUUGGUGGAGGAAGUGGAGAGGGUUUAUAAGCUAUUAAUCAGAGCUGGAUUGACUCCUGAUGUUGGGUGCUAUCAAACCAUGCUUAGAGUGUACUUGGAUCAUGGAUAUGUGGAAAAAGGCAUAUCUUUGUUCAAAAGCAUUAAUGUAAAACCAGACAGGUUUAUCCUGAGUGCAGCUGUGCAUUUGUACAGGUCGGCAGGCUUGGCCCUCGAGGCUGAAGGUGUUUUAAGUUUCAUGAAUAGUUUGGGCAUCCCUUUUCUCAAGAAUCUUGGCAUUGGAAUUGGAUUGAAGAUAAAGGUUGCAGAUUGAAAUAAAAAAGGCUUCAUCUGCUAGCAACAAGCAUUUAGAGGAGUUUAUUCAUUUUUUGUUUUUGGUAAAGUUUCUUUUAACUUUGUAAUUGUAACAAUGCGCUUGCCUCUUGAUGAUUUGAAUACUAUAUUUGUGUAUUAUUCUAAAUUAGAGGGGUGAUCAUAUUGAUGUGGAAUGUUGAUGCUCUGCCUAAACUAAAAUUGUUUUUUUAUCAAUGGAAGAUUACC